GAAAGAAGAAAUGGAACUAGGAAGCUUGAUCCAUCCAUAGCCAGCAAAGGCCAUCCGAGAUUUUAUAUAGCCUUCUACUCUCAUGUAUCACCUCUUGACAAGUAACUCCUAAAGAUGAUCUUAGGCUCAAUCUCCGCCUAGAAUAUACUAAGAAAUCUCCACAUGGUGCAAUAUUUGUUAAACAAAACCUCCCAAAGUAGCUUCUCUGCAUCCCCCUCAUUGACUUCAAAUAGAAAUCUAAAAAUAUUUGGAUACCACAUGACAACACAACAAACAAAAGAAUUCCUCAAAAACCGAACCCAACCGACUUUUAAUCACAUUCUAAAGCCAAACUCAGAUCUUUAUUGAGAAAAAAAUAAAAAUCAAUCCAAAUUUUAACCCAAUCAAAACCUAAUAUGAAUCCAUCCAGACUGUAACACAUACACACAAUAGUACUAACAUAGAUAAUAGAUAUAAAAUUGGACAUAAACUAGGAAGGAAUUGAGUAACAACUCAGAUUUAGAGUUUAUACCAGCAAAAAAACUAUUCGAGGCUCAAAGUUCUUUGAUUUGAUGCUGAAAUUUCCAUCAUUCGUCGUUCUCUGCCGCCCAGCUCGUAGCGUCAACCAUAAGGUCUUCACUCCUCCCAUGGUUGCUGGCACACCCUUCCGCACCCUCCAAAAACUAGCCCUUUCGUUGUCUCACCUUCGUCGGACUCUGCUUCCCCGGAGUAACUUUCUGGUUCAGAGAAAGUCACGAUCGCAUAGAUUUAGUGAAUUGUGAAUGAUUUUCCUCUCAUUGUGCAUUUACUCCGUAUUUUGAUUAUGGGCCUACUAAAAAAUGGGUAAAACUUCGAGUCCAAUUAUUUAGAUAUAGUAGCAAUUUUACACAAUUGCCACAAUAUGUCUAAUAUUUUGUGGCAAAAUCUUAUUUGCUACAAAUAUUUGUCCAAUCUUUAUAUAUUGUGGCAAAUAUUAUUUUUUCUACUAAAACUUUGCCACAAAANGGUUAGUUGGUCUCUCCGCCCUCUUUGUUGAAGUAAUAUCUCUGUUACUCACAUUAUAUUCAGCUGAGAUGGAGAGUGAUGUUUCUUGCCAGGUUCUUGACGGGCUAGCAGCUCGGAUAACAACCGCGGUUCAAGGCUAUCAUCCUACAUCAAAACUAUUUGGGGAGUGUUGUUUGCAGGCCUGGGAUUAUCAUUAAUUGGAAUGAUUUGUUUAUUUAUAUUUAUUAUUUUAAUACUUCUCUAAAAGGGAGAUGAAGAUCUCUUCGACUCAGGCAUAUAUUAAAAAAAGAAAAAAACUGCAGCGGUAGGUCCCAGUGGGCGUGGUUGAAGCCAUGACAGUGUUAAAACAUCCAUUGCCCAGUGCACAAGGGUUUGUGGGUUUUGAAAAACAAAAGAUGAAAGAAGAAAUGGAACUAGGAAGCUUGAUCCAUCCAUAGCCAGCAAAGGCCAUCCGAGGUAUGGACAAUGAAUAAGGUAGUGGCUUUUACUAAUAAUAUUUUUUGUGUUUAAUUCAUUAAGUUUCUAGGCAUUUAAUUCUAAGGCCCUUUUGAAAUUAGAAUCCUCUUGUGUAGUUUCUAACUUCCUAUUUUUUUAAUGUUAUUGACUACAUUACAAUACAUUAUACGGAGUAAUUUUAUCUCAGAUUUUAUAUAGCCUUCUACUCUCAUGUAUCACCUCUUGACAAGUAACUCCUAAAGAUGAUCUUAGGCUCAAUCUCCGCCUAGAAUAUACUAAGAAAUCUCCACAUGGUGCAAUAUUUGUUAAACAAAACCUCCCAAAGGUUAGUUUGUCUCUCCGCCCUCUUUGUUGAAGUAAUAUCUCUGUUACUCACAUUAUAUUCAGCUGAGAUGGAGGGUGAUGUUUCUUGCCAGGUUCUUUACGGGCUAGCAGCUCGGAUAACAACCGCGGUUCAAGGCCAUCAUCCUACAUCAAAACUAUUUGGGGAGUGUUGUUUGCAGGUCCUAGUGGGCGUGGUAGAAGCCAUGACAGUGUUAAAACAUCCAUUGCCCAGUGCACAAGGUCUUCUCCAAGUCUGCAAGAGCGGGAACCCACAACUCGCCAUUGUCUGUGCAUCUUCAAGCUCCGUCUACGUCUUGAACUCCAAAGUUCCCUUUUCUGAAUCGGACCGAACAGAUUUGCCGAUGAGCUUCUAUGCCGCCAUCAAGAAAGCUGGUGAGGCAAUCGCCCACCCCAUCGUCUCAACUCUUAUAUCCCUCACGGCCUCACCUGGACUUUAUUCUAAGGCCCAUUAGAAUCCUCUUGCGUAGUUUCUAACUUCCUAUUUUUUUAAUGUUAUUGACUACAUUACAAUACAUUACACGGAGUAAUUUUAUCUCAGAUCUUAUAUAGCCUUCUACUCUCAUGUAUCACCUCUUGACAAGUAACUCCUAAAGAUGAUCUUAGGCUCAAUCUCCGCCUAAAAUAUACUAAGAAAUCUCCACAUGGUGCAAUAUUUGUUAAACAAAACCUCCCAAAGGUUAGUUUGUCUCUCCGCCCUCUUUGUUGAAGUAAUAUCACUGUUACUCACAUUAUAUUCAGCUGAGAUGGAAAGUGAUUUUUCUUGCCAGGUUCUUGACGGGCUAGCAGCUCGGAUAACAACCGCGGUUCAAGGCUAUCAUCCUACAUCAAAACUAUUUGGGGAGUGUUGUUUGCAGGUAUGCUA